CUGUAUUUUGUCCGCCCCUGGCCUCUGUGGAUGGCCGCACUGACGUUGGGGGGUGGGGGGCACAAAUCUCCUUUGUUAUCACAGAAAGAAAAGCGUUUCGGGAGAAGGCUAUUCAGGCCAGUGGUUAUUCACCUGGGAUAUUAGCAGGACCCCCCCCUCCCAUCAGAGGGGCGGUCCUGAGCAAAGCAGGGGUAUUUCAUUAGGCCUACAGGGAUCUAGUUGAAUGUGCUAACAGCGAGAUUUCGGGGUGCUAGGAUGCAAGGUUGACAGGUUAACAGCACUAUCCUGAGGUAUCCUUAUAUGUGUUUAUCGAUUUACUGUCUCUUCCUUGCUAGGGUUCUGCAGGCCCCCACUUUACCUAUGCCCUUCACCCCUAGAAAUAGAGGGAUGCAGAGAUAGCAGGGCAGCAGGCACUGGCCCUGGUUUUUCAAUUUUCCGGUCUGGCUAGGGGAGAAACCAGAAGCUAGUCCUCUGCUUCCCAGUUACUUUCGUUUUUUCUUCCCCUUCUUUCUUUUCCUCUCUGGUGCUCAAAUGGAAAGCACCAGGGGAUCCCCCAGUGGCAGCCCUCAGCUCUUGGCAGGCCAAAUUCUCUGUGGAUGUGGUCCUCACUGCAGGAGAUCUCUUCUGUGAUUAUCUAAUAAUAGCCAUAGUGGCUGAUAAUAGAAUCUGGCAAAAGAACUCUGCAAACCUAGUGCUGAGGCUGGGCAGAAACAGGAUCAGGGCCUGGCAACUUUUCCCAGAGCCCAGGGCCCCAGCAUCCCGUUCUCCUCUGAACCCACCCUUUGGGCACCCUCAGGCCUGCCCCUUCUGGGGCUUUGUUAGUUCAGCAAUCACAUCCUCUGUGUUACAUUCAGGGUUCCUAGCUAAGGAGAAAUGGGCAGAGCAAACACUUUCUCUCCUUGGUCUGUCAGUUGUGAUCCCCACGGAGAAUGCGACCUUGUUUGGAGAAGGCAACCUUGUUUGGUUGAAUGUUGUGUUCUGAAACCAGCCGUGGUGACUUUAUGCAUUUAGUAUAUACAGGCUCAAAUGUACAGACUCAGACUUAUGCAUGAAUAUAUGCAGUCUCAUAUUUCCUUGGUGGUUAAUUGUAUAUUACCAUGCCUAUAUUCGCUCAAACUCCGUUUUAUGUGCGUGCAAAAUUUUGUUAGCCCCCACUAGAUGAGAGUGGGCUCAUGGAAGCAUCUGGUGUACCAAAGAGGCCCUCUCUGCUGUUUUGCUGGAAAUAUGUGUGCUCUGGAAUCGGAGUAUGCGGGUCCAGUAACCAACGGAUGCUACAGGAGCUUUCUCAGACUUUACUGCUUUUGCUGUCUGUGCAGCUGGACUGGGGAAAUACUAAAUCCCUUCUGUUUUCCUUCCUCACCUUCCCGCAUACUCCUCCAAUUGACAGACUUUGUUACAAGGGAACCCAGUCAUCUUGAAAGUGAGGUCUCUGGGGCGUUUUGUGGGGGUAUUGUGGGCCUCUGAGCAGUUCCCAGCAGUCAGAACUGGAGUCUAGCUGCCAGAAGCCUCAUUGGGGCGGUGAAGGGAUUGGAGUAGUUAAUGAGGUGACUCGGGGCAGUGGUCUGGGGUGACUGCCAACCAGACCAGGGUGCUUGGAGAGGCUGGUGUAGAAGGCUAACCAGAAGGGUUAGGGGUUCUGUGACCAUCUCUCCCUCCCUCUGCUUAUUCUGUCCACUCACCCCACCACCCUACCCCAGAUUUGACUGUGUAAGGGGCCCAAUUAAGAGUUAAGGUCCCCUGUCUAUGCAGAUCUGGUUAUUGGUGGGAUUGCACUUUAAUCCUGACUGCAGCCUGGACCAAAGCAAAGCCAGGCUAAGAAAGAAGGCCGAUGGAGACUUUCAGGAGUGGAAACUGGGCCCUGCCGCCUUCGGGCCUGGAGCACUCAGCAUGGGCCGCUACUGGGAAUUAAUCUGCCUCCUUUCCAGCCUUUCCAGCUUCUGGGGCCACGAAAAGACAAGGGCAGAGGGAAAUAAAAAUGUCAGUAGAAAGCCCUAUAAAAGAAAGUAAGAACAGGAGCAGGGCUGGAGGGGUUUUCUGCUACUCCCAAGGCACUCAGGUUCCUCCCAAGAAUCUCCUGUCUAGACUUGCUGUGCCGGAGGCCCACAGCAGCUAUUUUUCCACCUUCCUUCCACACUUACUGCAGGCGGACUCAGGCUUUUGAGCCUUGGCCACCUGGGGCGCUGGGGUGACAUUACCCCAGGACCGUGCCCCUCACCCAGCCCAUGUCCUCUGCCACGGCGCUGCAGCCGCCCCUGUUUAUUGUGUCUGUGAGUUGUUUACUUGUUUUGUCUGCUGCCACCCUGCGUCAGAAACCCGCCAAACCAGCAGAUUCGCCUAGAAGAACAAAGUGCAGCACUAACCCAAACUCCCUCCCCUUUCCAACACCCUUCUCCCACCCUAACACUCUCCCUCAUCCUGCCUUUCGGAGGGGAGGAAGCAGAAAUUGUUCUAAAAUAGGGCAGCUGUUUAAAGGGUCAGGGAAUUAUGGGGACACCAUAAACCUCCGGGUGUCCUGGUGGCAGAGACUCACAAGCAGCCCUUCUUUUGCCUCCAGCUAGCAUUUCUUCCUUCCCCCUGGUAACCUCUUGGCUAGGGGGGGCACAGUCAUUAAGAAAGUUGGGCUCCCCUCGCUGCACUCCUCCAUUCUUUUCUGCAGGAGUUUCCCUGAGACACAGGUUGUUGGGUUUUUAAAUCAGGGUAAUGUUGGUAGAUUUGUAAAGCUAGACAAAGCAUAUCAUUUUUCCCACUUCGUUCUCCUCAGCCCCCCAAAAUAGCAGUGAAUUUAAGCAAAUCCUACAAAAUUAAAUUGCCCCUUUGCUAAAGAUCCUAUAAAUCUCCAAUCCCGCCAGGUGUAGAGUAGGAGAGGCUGCUGUUCGCCUUUAAUUUUGCUCCUGGCUAUCAAAUCUAAAAGAGUAUCAUGGAAGUAAGUAAUAUUCUUGUUUCUGAAAUUAAUCCCCCUCCUCAUCUCUCUCCCUCUUUUCACCAACGCAUAUUAAAUGGUUCUUUCAAACUGCAAACAAUAAAGGAUAAAAUUAUUUAUAGGGAAAAGAGGGUGAUGUUUUAUUGUUGGCUUAUUGUUCCAGAACAUAAUAAUAUUUUAUUUUCAAGCAGGAGAAGUUAGACCAGGGAAUAAGAGGAGGAAAGGAAGAAAAGUGAGGGGAGAUUGGGCACCCACACAUAAAAAUCCUGUUGUACAUAACUUUUAUGACAUUUACAAUUUCCACAUGACAAUUCACUGUGAUGUCAUAAGUGCCUAGUUCUUGAAUUUUGCAACUCUCAUAAACCUCCAAAAUGGGUCAAAGCAAAGCUUGGAUGUUGAGAGGCAUAAGAGAAACCAGAAGUUGGGGCUCCUUUGAGCUGGCGCAGAGCAGCACACCCCCUAUUGCCCCUCCCUCUUUGUCUGACACCCUCUUGAGGCCCUAAGAUAUUCUGAAUAUUCAGGAUUUAAAUUUUUAUUCCUGGGCCGAGCUGGGACACUUGCUUUGCCCUCCUGAAAUGUCCCUAAGCAUCUGAGCUCCCUCCCCAUUCCCAAUGGGACUGAGAUGCUAAGUCCCCCAAGCCCCUUCCUCAGCUGAUAUUCAGCUGCUUAUGAUAAAGGUGAGAGGCUUGAGGGCCAGGCCCCAAAAAGCCAGAAAUGAUUUUUUCCAGAUGGAACCGGAAGGGGGCUCAGAACUGAGUGUGAUAGGGCAGAGAUGUUUGGGACCUAUUUUAGUUUCUAACUAUAAGCCAGAAAAGUAAGUUGAAAGGCCAGACAAACACCAGUGUGUGUGUGUGGGGGGGGGCUUAUCUGCUGAUGGCAGCAGCAGCAAGUGGGGUGCCAAUAAAGAAAGGCCAGGCAGAAAUAUGGAAAGAGAGAGGGAGGAAAGGAAAUAUGACUUAAGUUAGCAGAGCCCCUCCAUACACCUUUCUUCUCUGUUGAAUUACAAUAAAGCAAAAACAGCUCAGGCAGUCUAAGUCCUCAGAAGAGUAGUCACCAACACAGGCCUCGGCGGUGUUUGAGGCGGUUCUCAGAAGCUUGACAUGCCUCAUCUGGACCCUUCCCCCACUCCCUGCUGACCCCCAACUCCCUUUAGCUGGCCAGCUUGAACCCUAUUCCUAGAAUAUCAGCACCUACAAAUGGGAUCCAUUUCCAGGUUGGGUGUGUCGAAUUUCAUUUUUCUCCAAGAGCCUCCAAGCCUGAACUUACAAAGGAGAGUGUUCCUUUUUGGAAUGCAGUGUGUGUAUGGAGGGGCUAUGUGCUCAGAAAACUACAAUAUCUAUGAGAAACUGGGAACACCUUGGAUGAGUUUGCUUUGGUGUCCCCUAAGAGACCAGUCUCCUCCUUCAGGUUCUCUGACAGAUUUGGAAGCUCUCUUUGCAAUGCUUUUAUUCAGGGUUCUACGGAGAUCAAAGGAGCUUGCACACCAAACAUUAAGCAUUUGAGUAGGGUUUAUUUUUUAAAUUUUUAAAUAAAAAAAAUCUAAUCACAUGCUACUGGGGCCAGCUGAGCAGUCACUCCAGAACAGCAAAGCCUUAACCAAAUAGUUUGAUUGUGAGGUGAGCUGAGCAAUUGUUGAAACGGCUUUCUCUGUAAGAGGGAUUUCAGCCCUCGCCCAGUGGCACAAAAGGGGCCGGCGGGGCAACCGCUCUUCUCUGGCUCUGGAAAACUAGAAUUAGGAGUGGUGGAAGAGUAGGGUCUGGCAGCUGUAGUAGCUUCCAGGCAGCCAAGCACCCAGGCCAAGGGAGUGCUGAGUCCUGUGGCUCCAGUGUUGGGGUCCUUGAGCAGCUUUCGGAGGCACCAAGCUCUAAUUGGUGGUGCUGGCAGCCAGAAAUGGGCUGUGUUGUAUCUGUGUAUGAGUGUGGGUGAGUCACAAACAUCCUGACAUAGCUGGGGGAUCUGGGGAGAGAGAGAGGAGCCCUGCAGAACACAAACUAAGGAGGACCUUUGGAAAAGAUUCUCCCCAAAUAAAAAUUCCAGAUCUCAUCGUGUUCAUUUCACGUGUCCCUCCACCAGAAAUUAAUCUAUUUCCCAGAGUACAGUGGACAGAAAAGGCAGGCAGAGCAAGGCCUGCCCAUGAACCUCUUUAGGCCCUGGGUGGGGGCAGUCCCACCACUCUUUCCCCAGUUCCAUCAAGGGAGCUACCAGCCUUUCCCUGGCCUACAGUGGGACAGGGCUCAAAUAGGAGUGACUUAAGGCACCCUAGGAAACCCCCAAAUGCCCAGCUCCAAGGUGACCCUUAGCCUUGGGUAGUCCAGGCCGGUGACUGCACCCCACUCAGGCCCAAGGCGCCAGCAGUAAAUUCCUCUCCUAUAAUUAGUACUCACCGAAAGCAUGUGUUUUGGAUUGGGGAGGGGGAAGACUGGAGCAUGAAGUGCCAACUUUCCCCCUUCAUUCCUUUUCUGCCUUUUUGAAUUCUGUCUUUGAAUCCACUAAUUAUAGCUCUGAGAGCAAAAAAACUGCUUUUGACACCAAGCCCCUUCUGAAUAGCUAAUUCUAAAAGCUGAGGGGCCGGAGAAGCUCCUAAACCUGCCGGUCUAAUGGGAGGUGUUCUCUGAUUUCUCUAGGCUUGUUUUAUAGAAACAAAGAAUGAGUUUGCUCGCUCCCUCCUUCCCAAGACUUGUGCAUAUUUACAGAGCUCAACUGCAGUUUUAAUAAAACAUCUGUUCUUGCUUCUGCUGAUGAGUUUCCAUAAUUGUUUUCAGACAAAUUUAACAGGAAAAUAUAAAUAUAUUUAGAAAAAUCCAAGCUCCAGUUUCUUCCCCUCCAGAUAGCCAUGCUUUUGCCAAAAAAUAAAAUUAACAUGAAAUGGGAAAAGGAAAAUAUAAUCCAAUGUAGGGAAGAUCGAGCUAAUCUGACCUACUCUACCCCCUUGGAGCGAAUCCUUCCAGCAAUUUUCAGCUGCAUAAUUAAAGAUCUAACUGAAAGAAGGAGGCUUCUUUUCUCAGAAUCGGAAGGUGAUGGAGGAAUAAACUGUGUUGGAAAUUAUUUUUGCCUCCAGUCUUUAAGCAGUGGGGGAAUGUAUUUGUAUUUCUGCUUCCCUUUUUCUCCCCCCUCCAGCAUUUCUGCCUUUUUUUUUUCCCCAGCAGCUGGUUUCUGUUCAUUAUAAAUCCGCGAGACCUUUCAGUCUCUGCCCUCUGUUUAGGGAUGUAAUAAAACACUUAACUUUCAGGGCCUGAGACUUACUUUCUGUUCCUCAGAUCACCACCCCCCAAGCCCACCGACUUUAGGCCCCAAAAGAGAAUCUCCCCAAUUUUGGGGUCCCUUUCCUCUCCAGAACUGCUUAAGGAGAGGCUCAAGGAAACUUAAGCAUCUUUGCUGGGGGGCUGUAGCAGUGCUUCCCCAAGAAGCCCCUUCUUUCUUUCCAGCUCCCUCCCUCCCACCCAUCCAUACAAGAGGUCUUAAAAUACAUAGAAAAAUCAACACUCAUUGAAAGCGAAACCUCAUUAAGACAUCCUAUCUUCCAUCAUUCAAUUUGUUGUACAUUGCAACAAUUUAAUAUCUUGAAGGAAAUAUCACUGACAUGAUUUAUCCCUCUAACAAUCUUGCUUUGAAAUUGGGGGGGGGGAUUUACUCUUUCUUCCAGCCUCUUCUACUUGUUACACCGCUACCCUCAGGGCAGAAAGGAGGCUGGCAAAUCUGAAAGAGGCUACUUGCAUCCAGGGGUGCUGACUUGUUUCCUAUUCCAGCUCUAGGGUACCCCCUCCCCUUGUUCUCUCUCCUCCCUACCUCUUGCCCUCCAGGGAAAUUGGAGCCCCAGCCAGCUGUUGGAAACCUCUGCCCAGGCAUGCCAUGAAUUUGAGGACAGCUGGAUUCAAGGAAAAAAAAAAAAGUAACUCACACUCGUGUCUAUGUGUACCUGCCAUAUCACCCCACAAUGAGAUAACUUCCUCUUAAAAUUCCUUUCUUAAUGUGAGCAUCCUCCUCUAUCCUUUCACCUUCCUCUCCUUGGGAAGAAGAAAGUGUAGUCUAAAGGGAGAAACCUCUAUAAUUAUGGGGAUCUUUCCCCUACCCACCCUUCUAAAUGCCAACCAAUUUCCUUCCUUUCUGAAGGAUGGGGUCUGGAUAUUUUUUACAGCCAACACAAAUCGUCUUGUAGGAAGACUCUUCAACCCCCUAACGAGGUUCAUGUAUUAACUAACAUGUUGUCUGCACCAGCUCCUAUACACUGUCUGCUUUUGGGUUUGAAACUUUAUUUUUCCCCCCUAGCGACACUCCAGGGAAACCUUAGCGUUACAGAAGAUGAAUAAAUGAGUUUUUUUUCCCAGCGUAGUCCCGUUUAUGGCUUUAUUGCUACCCAUUGAUUACUUCGCUUUGUUACACAGAAGGAAAAGAUCAUAAAAUCCGGCGACAUCCGGGUUCUUGUUAUAGCCAGUUACCGCCCCCCCCAAAAAAAAAAAAGUGAGGGGGAAAAUAUAAGCUUUCACUGAUUCCUGCAUACGCCCACCACCCACUUUUUUGUCAACUGAAAGCAAUUUUAGCCUAUGUCGCGAUAUCAAAUUAGGUUUGAAUUAAAAAGGGGCAAACCCCCUUCUGCACACCUUCGUAGUUUCAGUUUGCCAACUGCGGCUGUCUCAAGCCUCUGACCCAGCUGCAUUUUUUCUAACCAUCUCUUUCUUCCUCUCAGCUCCAAGUUUUGGGGAGAAAAAGGAGGGAAAGCCUGCUGAGAGUCUGGGGUGACUGGCACUUGGGAAAGAGUUCCCCAGGACCUCUUUGCUAGAAUCCUCAGGCAUCAGAACUCAGGUCCAGGGGCGCCUCCCGUGGCAGGGCAGUGAAUCCGAAGCGGGUAGGGGUUUCUGACUUGUGCAGGGGCUUGAGCUUCAAGAAGCUAACUGUUCAUCAGAGCCCCACCAGUCUUCUCUCCUCUUCCAGACUGGAUCCUGUGUGAAUUACCCCACCGGCCCUCGCUGGCUUCAAAUCAUAAAUUCUCACCAACAUAAACAGGAGUUGAUGUCUCUAGAAAGAAGACUCGGGAGUUUUCUUUCUUCUCUUCCCUUCUCUCAUCUCUCCCACUUUUUAACUUCUUUAUCUCCUUUUCCUAUUGUAUUUUUAUACAUUUUCCCUUUUAAGCAAAAAAUGUUGCUAGUAUUUCCUCAGAAAGGGUCCUGUGGAGGAGGCAGAAGGGGGAUAGGAGACAGAGGAGAACAGAUGCGUGCUUCCUUUGCCAACUUAAGCUCAGUCACUGUACCCUGCAAUCUCAGUCUCACCUCUUUAAACCUAAUUGCUCCCCACAUUCCUCUAACCCAAGACUCUCAGCCACUCUCUCUUUCCUCUGGGAACCAUGUUUUAUGAAAUCCCUUUUUCCUUUUGAUUUUUUAAAAUUAUUGGACAAAAAUAUAGCAGUUUAGUGAUGGAGACUCACCCCAUGGAGUGUCAACCAAGAUUUCUUGUAGGAUUUCUGAGAGCCUUCUCUGAGCUGGGAGGGAAUUCCUCCCAUGAAGAAAACAGAAUGUAAUUUUAGAAGGGGGAAGAUAUAAAAGAUGAAAUCAGGUUGAAAAUACAGAGAUUUCUCUGGCCCAGGCUCUGGCCACAGCAGAGCAAAGUUAUCUGGGUCUGAGAGAUUUCCUGGGAGUACAUCUCUCCUUCCCUGGGUCCUAAGGUCCUGUUUAUGAAAAUGCACCCCCUGCUUCACCCCCAAACCAGUUCUCCACAUAAAUAUUUUUUAAAAAAGAAAUCCAAGUCUUACUUUCAAAUCACACACUUAGUCUCAACUAGGGAAUCAACAGAAGCAGAAGCGAUUUUUUUCCCCCUUCUUGACAUCUGGCUUGCGAUUGGCUGGAAGGGGGUCAGCUGACUUUGUCAUUUUGUCUGUCCUGGAUUGGAGCCGUCCCUAUAACCAUCUAGUUCCGAGUACAAACUGGAGACAGAAAUAAAUAUUAAAGAAAUCAUAGCCCGACCAGGUAAAGGCAAAGGGAUGAAUUCCUACUUCACUAACCCUUCCUUAUCCUGCCACCUCGCCGGGGGCCAGGACGUCCUCCCUAACGUCGCCCUCAAUUCCACCGCCUAUGAUCCAGUGAGGCAUUUCUCGACCUAUGGAGCAGCCGUUGCCCAGAACCGGAUCUACUCGACUCCCUUUUAUUCGCCACAGGAGAAUGUCGUGUUCAGUUCCAGCCGGGGGCCGUAUGACUAUGGAUCUAAUUCCUUUUACCAGGAGAAAGACAUGCUCUCAAACUGCAGACAAAACACCUUAGGACAUAACACACAGACCUCAAUCGCUCAGGAUUUUAGUUCUGAGCAGGGCAGGACUGCGCCCCAGGACCAGAAAGCCAGUAUCCAGAUUUACCCCUGGAUGCAGCGAAUGAAUUCGCACAGUGGGGUCGGCUAUGGAGCAGACCGGAGGCGCGGCCGCCAGAUCUACUCGCGGUACCAGACCCUGGAACUGGAGAAGGAAUUUCACUUCAACCGCUACCUAACACGGCGCCGGCGCAUCGAGAUCGCCAAUGCGCUCUGCCUGACCGAGCGGCAGAUCAAAAUCUGGUUCCAGAAUCGCAGGAUGAAGUGGAAAAAAGAAUCUAAUCUCACGUCCACGCUCUCAGGGGGCGGCGGAGGGGCCGCAGCUGACAGCCUGGGCGGAAAAGAGGAAAAGCGGGAAGAGACAGAAGAGGAGAAGCAGAAAGAGUGACCAGGACUGUCCUUGCCACCCCUCUCUUUCCUUCUCCCUUUGCUCACCCCAACUCUCCCCUAAUCACACACUCUGUAUUUAUCACUGGCACAAUUGAUGUGUUUUGACUCUCUAAAGCAAAAUUAGGGAGUCAAACGUGGACCUGAAAGUCAGUCUGGACCCCCUCCCUCACCGCACAACUCUUCACCAUUGGCCUCCUCCUCCUAGCUCCCUCGCUAGCUCCUUCUCGGCUUGUCUGCAGGCCCCUUUCCCCGCCCAGGCCUUGGGGGCUCUCAGCCCUGAGCCUUGCUUCGGACUCCACAGAUCUCCCUCCACAUGAGGACUUGACUCCCCCCACCAGCCGCUUGACGUCCCCCACCCCCGCCCCCGCGCCCAGAGCGGGCUCGCGGGCCUGGGGCCUCCGUUCCCGGGCCUUAGGGCCCGGCCUGGCAGCCCGGGAGAGCCGGAGGCCCAAGGAGGGCGCGCCUGGGCCCCACAGCAACCCCCAGGGCCUCCCCGCAAUCCCUGUCCGGCCCCUCUGCCCCAGCAAAUGCCCAGCCCAGGCAAAUUGUAUUUAAAUAUUCCUGGGGGUCAUUAUGGCAUAUUACAAACUGUGACCGUUUCUGUGUGAAUAUUUUUAGCUGUAUUUGUGGUCUCUGUAUUUAUAUUUAUGUUUAGAACCCUCAGUGUUCCGAUCUCAUUUAAAAAAAAAAAAAGGAGAAAAAGAGGGAAAAUUACAAAAAAAGAAAAAAAGUGAAUGACAUUUGUUUAGCCAGUAGGAGAAAAUAAAUAAAUAAAUCCCCUCGUGUUACCCUCCUGUAUAAAUCCGACCUCUGGAUCCGUUCUCGAAUAUUUAAUAAAACAUAUUAUUUUUAAAAGUUUA